CUCAUCUCUGCUAUAUAAUCAUUCCAGUAACUUAAACCACAGCAAAUUCCACUACUCCACUCUCACAUUAUAUUAUUACACUAUAAACUCUGCCAAGUUUCCUUCUUUCUUUUUGUUUCUCAAAAGAAUCAAAAAACAAAGUCUGUAGAGAAAGACCCAAAUCUGUAUCUUACUUUUCCUUCCAUUUUCAUUCUUUUACUCGUAUGUAGGCGAGGAAGCAGUGAAUUAAGAUAUAAAAAGAGAAAAGGCCAUUGCUUUGAUAGUUUUAAGAGUUCAACAAAUGAAGAAUAUUUUAAACGGAAGCUUGUUUUUGUUUCUGCUCUCGUUUUUUGCUUCAUGGGUGUGUUUUGUUACAGCUUCUGUGUCUUAUGAUCAUAAAGCUAUUACAAUCAAUGGACAGAGAAGGAUUCUUAUUUCUGGGUCCAUUCACUACCCAAGAAGCACUCCCGAGAUGUGGCCGGAUCUUAUACAGAAGGCCAAAGAUGGAGGUUUGGAUGUAAUACAAACCUAUGUCUUCUGGAAUGGACAUGAGCCUUCUCCUGGAAAUUAUUAUUUUGAGGAUAGGUAUGAUCUGGUGAAGUUCAUCAAGUUGGUUCAACAAGCAGGACUUUAUGUUCAUUUGCGGAUUGGACCCUAUAUUUGCGCAGAAUGGAACUUUGGGGGAUUUCCAGUUUGGCUAAAAUAUGUUCCGGGUAUUGAAUUCAGAACCAACAAUGGUCCUUUCAAGGUGGCAAUGCAAAAGUUCACAGAGAAGAUUGUGGGCAUGAUGAAGUCAGAAAAGUUGUUUGAAACUCAAGGAGGUCCAAUAAUUCUUUCUCAAAUAGAAAAUGAAUUUGGACCAGUAGAAUGGGAGAUUGGUGCACCAGGUAAAGCUUAUACAAAAUGGGCAGCUGAGAUGGCAGUGGGUCUGGGUACUGGGGUUCCAUGGGUCAUGUGCAAGCAAGAAGAUGCCCCUGAUCCUGUUAUUAACACCUGUAACGGUUUUUACUGUGAAAACUUCAAACCAAACAAGGAUUACAAACCUAAAAUGUGGACAGAAAACUGGACUGGCUGGUACACUGAAUUUGGUGGUUCAGUACCUUAUAGGCCAGCGGAAGAUUUGGCAUUCUCAGUUGCAAGAUUUAUACAGAAUGGUGGUUCAUUCAUGAAUUAUUAUAUGUACCAUGGAGGAACUAAUUUUGGCAGAACCGCUGGCGGUCCCUUCAUUGCAACUAGCUAUGAUUAUGAUGCUCCUAUUGAUGAAUAUGGACUACCAAGGGAUCCAAAGUGGGGACACUUGAGAGAUCUUCAUAAAGCCAUCAAGCUAUGUGAACCUGCUUUAGUAUCUGUAGAUCCCACAGUAAAAUCACUUGGUGAUAAUCAAGAGGCUCAUGUUUUCCAAUCAAAGUCGGCAUGUGCAGCAUUCCUGGCAAACUAUGACACGAAGUACUCGGUGAAAGUGACCUUUGGCAAUGGGCAAUAUGACCUGCCACCAUGGUCUAUCAGCAUUCUUCCUGAUUGCAAGACUGCAGUUUUUAAUACUGCAAGGCUGGGUGCCCAAAGCACACAGAUGAAGAUGACACCAGUUGGCAGUGGAUUUUCUUGGCAGUCAUACAUUGAAGAAGCUGCCUCUGGUUAUACUGAUGAUACAACUACACUGGAUGGAUUGUGGGAGCAAAUUAAUGUCACAAGGGAUGCUACAGACUAUCUGUGGUAUAUGACGAAUGUCAAGAUAGAUCCUGAUGAAGGAUUUUUAAAGAAUGGACAGGAUCCCCUUCUCACAAUUCUUUCAGCUGGCCAUUCAUUGCAUGUUUUCAUUAAUGAUCAACUAGCAGGAACUGUGUAUGGGUCAUUGGAUAAUCCUAAGGUAACAUUUAGCAAGAAUGUGAAACUAACAAGCGGUAUUAACAAGAUUUCUUUGUUGAGUGUUGCAGUUGGUCUCCCGAAUGUUGGUGUGCACUUUGAAAGAUGGAAUUCCGGAGUUCUAGGCCCUGUCACAUUGAAGGGUUUGAAUGAGGGGACAAAAGACCUGUCAGGGUGGAAAUGGUCUUAUAAGAUUGGUUUGAAAGGCGAAGCAUUAAACCUUCAUACUGUUACCGGGAGUUCAUCAGUUGAAUGGGCAGAAGGAUCACUGUUGGCCACAAAACAACCACUAACAUGGUACAAGACUACUUUUGAUGCACCAGAAGGCAAUGAUCCAUUAGCUUUAGAUAUGAGCAGCAUGGGAAAAGGACAGAUAUGGGUAAAUGGUCAGAGUAUAGGACGUCACUGGCCUGCAUAUACUGCUCGUGGUAGUUGUGGAGAUUGUAACUAUGCUGGAACAUUCGAUGAUAAGAAAUGCCGAAGAAAUUGUGGAGAGCCGUCCCAAAGAUGGUACCAUGUUCCACGCUCCUGGCUGAACCCGAGUGGAAAUCUAUUAGUUGUCUUUGAAGAAUUUGGCGGUAACCCAAGUGGAAUUUCUUUGGUAAAGAGAACCACCGGAACAGUUUGUGCUGACAUAUACGAAGGACAGCCAGCAUUGAAGAACUGGCAGAUGAUUGCCUUAGGCAAACUCGACCACCUUCAACCCAAAGCCCAUUUGUGGUGUCCUCCAGGACAAAAGAUCUCUCAGAUUAAGUUUGCUAGUUAUGGAGUGCCUCAAGGGGCAUGUGGAAGCUUCCGAGAAGGGAGCUGUCAUGCACACAAGUCAUAUAAUGCUUUUGAAAAGAAGUGCGUUGGAAAGCAGUCUUGUUCAGUAACAGUGGCUUCUGAAGUUUUUGGAGGAGAUCCCUGUCCUGAUACUGCCAAAAAGCUUUCAGUUGAGGCUGUCUGCUACUGAAAGCCAUAAAGCACCACGUCUAACCAAAUAAGUUUGGAAUUACUAAAUCUCGAGUAAAUAUAUGAUUUGUUAUUACACCAUUGAUAAGAUUUCAAGCUUCUGCUCAUAUUGUCAAGAAAAUCGAUUUCUUUCCGGAGGCAAAAAGCAGCAUAUAUAAAAACACAUACCGCGCACAAUAGUGGCGAAGCCAAAUAAAGAUUGUGAAGUGGUUGGAAAGGUGCCUAAUGUACAUAAACAAGUUAUUGUUUGUCAAAUACAAGGAGCUCUAUACAUCAUUGUUUAGGCUUAUUGUAAUCUGCAAGGUGCAGACGAUUUAGUUUUUAGAUACUGAUAUUGAUACAUGUAAGCAUUUAGCUUGCUGAAGUUUCAACUAAGCAAAAGCAUUUUUAGUGCUUUUCUUUGCAAGAGUAAAUGAAAAGCAAUUAUAAAUAUUUUUAUAUUA